GUAAUUUAUAAACCAAUAGGCAAAUAAUUCAAUAGAUAAAUACAAACAUCAUAUAACAACACCCUUCUCAUCUUCUGCUUCUUCAUCUUCCAUUCCAAUCUCAAGAUGCACGCAAAAACCGACUCAGAGGUGACAAGCCUCUCAGCUUCAUCACCAACUAGAUCUCCCCGCCGUCCCGCGUACUUCGUCCAAUCUCCAUCACGUGACUCUCACGAUGGAGAGAAAACAGCAACAUCAUUCCACUCAACACCGGUCCUCACCAGCCCAAUGGGGUCUCCACCACAUUCUCACUCUUCCUCAAGCCGAUUCUCCAAGAUCAAUGGCUCAAAACGCAAAGGCCACGCUGGAGAAAAACAGUUUGCUAUGAUUGAAGAAGAAGGUCUUCUUGAUGAUGGAGAUAGAGAACAAGAACCUUUGCCUCGUCGAUGUUAUGUCUUAGCUUUCAUUGUUGGAUUCUCUUUGCUCUUUGCUUUCUUCUCUUUGAUUCUUUAUGCAGCUGCUAAACCUCAGAAACCUAAGAUCUCUGUUAAGAGUAUAACGUUCGAGCAACUUAAGGUUCAAGCUGGACAAGAUGCCGGAGGUAUUGGAACUGAUAUGAUCACAAUGAAUGCGACGCUGAGAAUGUUGUACCGUAACACUGGUACUUUCUUUGGUGUUCAUGUUACUUCUUCUCCGAUUGAUCUUAGCUUCUCUCAGAUCACUAUUGGUUCUGGCUCUAUUAAGAAAUUUUAUCAGUCAAGAAAAAGCCAAAGAACAGUGGUGGUGAAUGUGCUUGGAGACAAGAUUCCUCUCUAUGGAAGUGGCUCAACCUUAGUCCCACCACCACCUCCUGCACCAAUUCCAAAACCUAAGAAGAAGAAAGGACCCAUCGUUAUCGUCGAACCACCAGCGCCUCCUGCUCCAGUACCGAUGAGGCUAAACUUCACCGUUAGAUCUCGAGCUUACGUGUUGGGGAAGUUAGUUCAACCUAAGUUUUACAAGAGAAUCGUGUGUUUGAUUAAUUUCGAACACAAGAAACUCAGUAAACAUAUUCCAAUCACGAAUAACUGCACUGUCACAUCUAUUUAAAGGGGAAAUAAACACAUGAGAGAGCGAACGGUCUCGUAUUGGGUAGUGUGCUAUACAUGUUACCAGGUAGUGCGUGUGGCCUACCCCAAAGCAGAAGAAUCAUCAUCAGUGGGUUUCAUAAAUUUAAUUUAUGUAAGUGAAUUGAGAGAUUUUUGUUAAUGAUACAGUAAACGAGAAGAUUCACAUUUUAUUAUUUCACGCAACGUAUCAACCUUU